GAUGAUAGUGAUGAUGACGAUGAUGGUGGUGGUGGUAGUGAUGAUGAUGAUGAUGAUCGAGAAGAAGCAGCGUCGUUAGCAGGAGAGGAAGAAGCAUCGUUAGCAGGAGAGGAAGAAGUGCCGUUAGCAGGAGAGGAAGAAGCAUCGUUAGCAGAAGAGGAGGAAGCAUCGUUAGAAGGAGGGGAAGAAGCAUCAAGAGGAAGAAGCAUCAGCAGAGAAGGAAGAAGGGAAGAAGAAUCGUUAGAAGGAAGAAGAAGAAGCAUCGUGGAAGACCAAACAGGAAGAAGAAUCACAGAAGAGGAAGAAGGACAUGACCACAGGAAGAAGGAAGACCAAACAGGAAGAGGAGGAAGCACAGAAGAGGAAGACCACAGAAGAGGAAGAAGAACAUCAGAGGAAGAAGGAGCAGAAGAGCAUCAGAAGAGGUUAGCAGAAGAGGAAGAAGCAUCACCAGCAGAAGAGGAAGAAGCAUCAAAAGCAUCGUUAGAAGGAAAGGAAGAAGAGCACAGAAGAGGAAGAAGCACAAAGAAGAGGAAGAAGCCAUCCAAAGAAGGAGAGGCAGACAAGAAGAGGGAGGAAGAAGCCAAUCAGAGGAAGAAGCAGGAAGAAGUAGAAGAGGGAAGAAGAGGAGAAGAGGAAGAAGCAUCGUUAGCAGGAAGAGGAAGAAGCAUCGAGGAGGAGGAAGAACAUCAGGAAGAGGAAGAAGCAAAGAAGAAGAGGAAAGAAAGCAUCAAGUUAGCAGGAGGAAGAAGGAAAGAAAUAGCAUCGUUAGCAGAAGAGGAAGAAGCAUCGAAGGACAGAGAGGAAGAAGCAUCGUUAUCAGGAGAGGAAGAAGCAUCGUUAUCAGAAGAGGAAGAAGUGUCGUUAGGAGGAGAGGAAGAAGCAUCGUUGUGUAAAAGGGGAGCUUCGUUAGCGAGAGGAAGAAGCGUCGUCGGGAUGAGGAAUCCCCCAUCCUCCCUCAGGUCUCACGAGAAGGAACUAUUUAGCCCGCAUCUACACACCCUCUCCCGAGGCGGUGACACGGCCAAGGAGCAAGGAUACAGCAGUGAUACGUCUAGGCUGAUUAGCAGCAGCAGCAGCAGCAGCAGCAGCAGUAGUAGCAGCAGCAGCAGCAGCAGCAGCAGCAGCAGCAGCAGUAGCAGUAGCAGUAGCAGC